CACUGGUACAUGUCUCAAGUUGAUUUGAACUUGCUAACGACGUUUCCCCAUGACCGACUGGGUUUGCGUAACAGCAUAGAGUCUUGCUGCAAUAUGGGAAGGUGACAGACGAAACAAGCGGCAUCUCUGCGGACAUGGUGCUCAAAGAGCUUUUCUCUCCAAGGAGAGACAAGUUCGACGACUUUGAAGACCCAAAGGCGUUCGACAAGGACGACUGUCUAUCCUGCCGAGUUCUAGGGUCGACUGCUCUUGUUUCUCUGGGUGGAUAUACAUAUUACUCCGGCAUGCAACAACUCCGUCUCCAACGAAAAGCCAUCGAGCUCAGCAAGUCAAAGUACAAAUAUGGAUCUCGACAACUAGGAAUCCUCUGUCUCUCAGGCAGUCUCUUUGGCUUGGGCAUCUACCGAAUGUCCAACUGAGAAGAGACUCCGGCGCACAUCUCCUGACACAAUAGUGUCUGUCAAGCAAACAUACACGGAACUGGAGAUGAAAUGGCGGAUUGGAAUCCACGCCAUCGAUUAAUCUAGCCUAUUGGCCCUGAAAUCCUCCCCUCGAAUUCAAUCUUCGGACGACAGCCUCGAUCUAGCAAUCCUAACACAAUCCGAGACGAGAGCAUAGCUCGCGGGAAUGAACAAAAAUUCGCUAUGCUGAUGGUUCAUGUCCUCGUAAGAAUCUGUCCCUUCCACCAUGGAACACAGUAUGACCACCAUCUGUUCACUGUUCAAACCUCCCCCCUGUUGGUGACAUUGUCAUGAAAGUCGACCUCGUUUGCUGCCGGGAAAUCCAUCUUUGGGUCCAAUAUUUGAUAUGUCGAAGAAAUCAGGGAAUUGCAACUUUCGUUUCGUACCGGCGUUAAACGUAAAUUCUCGGUUAGAUGGUCUGGCACCAUGGCGUUGAUUAGUGUGUCUGUGUGUUGGCCGUAGUCCUCGGUUGUUGACUACUUCUAGUCGGAUAGGAGCAUUCGCCGAAGAUGACGACGAUGGAUCCGGAUCGGCUUCCUCGGAGUCAGGUGUUCCUUCAUCGGUCUGCAUUCGAUCUGUAUGUAAUGGCGUCGGGGCGCCGGUAAAUUGGAAGAUUGGUGUCGAUGCAGUCUGCUCGCGAAUAGCCGGACUAGGAACGUCCUCUGUCUGUGUUGCAGAUUCGGCUUUGUUGCUUCUGCCACGAGUGGUAGCUUGGUCGGCCUGAUGUUCUCUCGGAGAGCCAUCGUAUCUUUCCGUUGCCCACUGUCGGACUCGCCAACCCUCGCCAUCUUGCAACCCAAUAUUCUCAUCGUCCAUCCAACUCAAAAGAUCUGCAAUUGCUUCUUGGUAGCCAGCUUGUCGACUGAUGUUUUGGUCCGUGACCGCCGACUUAUAAAGAUUCGUGACUGAGAGAGCAGCAUUGCGGAAGGCUUGAAGAAGUUCUACAGGUGGCGGAGGACGAGCGGAAGGUAGCGAGGUAUUCAGAGAUCUCAUCGAGUCCAUGGUGACAGAUUCGACCAGCCCGUCGAGUCUUCAGCUGCGGUUGAAUUGUGUUGUGGUCGAAGUAAAGACGCUGUUUGCUUUGAAAGGGAAUGGAGGGGUUCCGUUGCUAGCGCCGAGGCAGCUCGCCAACUUCCGAAGUGUUUGUGUCUGAGGCACGAUAAAG